UUUUUUUUUUUUUGAUAAUAGAGCGCUCUCAUCAUAAACCUCUACAUUCGAACUUUACGCGUAAUUCAAAACAACAAAUUGCGUAAUAUUAUAAAAAGAGGAACGCACUCGAGAUUUCGACUCACUUCCGAUAACAAAUGUGGCGAUGAAUUUCUUCGUAGUAGGAAUUCUGGUCUUCAUUUCGCCAACGUUAUCGGAAAUUCGUGAAGAUCUUUUUCUACCCUUUCCAAAGCUCCGUAGUAUUUUUAGUAAAUUAAAAAAACGACAGGGAGAUGGAGGAUAUUUGGAUCAAUGUGGAAUUGUAGAUUUUGGGGAGAGAAAAUUGGGGACUGUAAAUGUAUUGGCAUUUUUUGAUGCAACUUGGCAAUAUAGUCAUCGACAGGCUGCCAUGUUGAAGGAGUUGAAAGGUCGCUUUGAAAGAUCUGGAAUGAUGGAUAUUAAUUUUUUCGUCAUUAAUUCAACACCAUCCACAAUCAUCGAUCAAGGAGAAAUCGAAAUUGAAGAAGACACCUGGAAAGCAAUUUCACCAAUUGAAUUUGAAGGGUUUCCACCAAUCGAAACUUCUUUAGAAUCUUUGAAUAAAACUUUGGGUCCUGAGUUUUACUUAAUAGAGGAUAAUUCUCAGCUUCAAAUUUGGAAAAAACUUCAUGUCUCCCGAAACCAGAUUUUGGUUGUCGACGGUUGUGGAAAACUGACAUACCAGGUCAUAGUUCCAUGGAGCAUCUUACAUUUUCCUUAUGUGAAAGCAGCGAUCCUUUCAACUUACAAGGACGAAGCUUGUGGACCAUGUGCAAAAUUUUCAGAAGACAUAAUAAUGGAAGUUGAACCAAAGGAAGUGAAAAAAGAAGAAAUAAAAACGGAUGAAGGAACAACAAUGCGAUUAGAAAUGCAAGAAAUAACAACAGAAGAAUUACAAAUAUCAGACGGUGAAACAACAACACCAUUAGAAAUAGAAGAACCAUCUACAGAAGGAGAAACGACAGAUGGAAUAAAUAUACCAUUAGAGAUUGAAGAAGAAACAACAGAAGAAACUAAAACGCCAGAUGGUACAACAACAAUGAAAUUAGAAAACCUAGAAAGAACAACGGAACAAAUAAAAACAUAUAGAGCAGUGAAUAUACUUUCAGCAAUAGAGGAAACAACAAAAGAACAAAUACAAACAGAUGCCACAAUAUCAUCAUACACAGAAAAAGAAAUAGAAAGAGCUAAUGGUACAACAUCACGAAUAGAAAAUCAAGAAAUAACAACAGAACAAACACAAAGGGAUGUAACUUUCAUAUCAGCAGAAGAAACAACAACAGAGCAAUUGAAAACAGAUACAGGGACAAUAUCACUACAGAUAGAAGAAAAAACAACAGAAGAAAUAAAAAGAUCUGAUCAUGUAACAAGAACACGAUUAGAAAAUCAAGUAAUAACAACAGAAGAAAAACAAAAAGAGGAUACAAUGACUGUACCGUCAAAAAUAGAAGACACAACGACAGAAGAAUUAAAAACAGAAGCAGUGACAGCAAUCCCAUUAAUCAAAGAAGAAGAAAUAACAGAGGAAAUGACAAGAGCUGGUGAUGCAACAACAACACGAUUAGAAAAUCAAGCAAUGACAGCAGCACAAACACAAAAUUAUGGUAAAAUGACUAUACCAUCAGAAAUAGAAGAAAGUACAACACACGAGUUAAAAAGAGAUACAAUAACAGUAAUCCCAUCAACCAUGGAAGAAGAAACAACUGAAGAAAUGAAAAGAGCUGAUGAUGCAACACCAACACGAUUAGAAAAUCAAGCAAUAACAACAGAACAAACACAAAAAGACAAUACAAUAACUAUAUCAUCAAAAAUAGAAGAAAGAACAACAGAAGAAUUAACAGCAAUCCCAUCAAUCAUAGAAGAAGAAACAACUGAAGAAAUUAAAAGAGCUGAUGAUGCAAUAAAAACACAAUCAGAAAAUCAAGAAAGAACAACAGAACAAACACGAAGAGAUGGGACAAUGAAUAUACCAUCAAAAAUAGAAGAAACUACAACAGAAGAAUUAAAAAGAGAAGCCAUAACGGUAAUUCCAUCAAUCAUAGAAGAAGAAACAACUGAAGAAAUGAAAAGAGCUGAUGAUUCAACAACAAUAAUACGAUUAGAAAAUCAAGCAAUACCAACAGAACAAACACAAAGGGACGAUAAAAUGACUAUAUCGUCAAGAAUAGAAGAAACAACAACGGAAGAAUUAACAACAGAGGAAUUAACAGCAAUCCCAUCAAUCACAGAAGAAGAAAGAACUGAAGAAAUGAAAAGAGCUGAUGAUUCAACAACAAUAAUACGAUUAGAAAAUCAAGCAAUACCAACAGAACAAACACAAAGGGACGAUAAAAUGACUAUAUCGUCAAGAAUAGAAGAAACAACAACGGAAGAAUUAACAACAGAAGAAUUAACAGCAAUCCCAUCAAUCACAGAAGAAGAAACAACUGAAGAAAUUAAAAGAGCUGAUGAUUCAACAACAAUAAUACAAUUAGAAAAUCAAGCAAUACGAACAGAACAAACACAAAAGGACGAUAAAAUGACUAUAUCGUCAAAAAUAGAAGAAACAACAACGGAAGAAUUAACAACAGAAGAAUUAACAGCAAUCCCAUCAAUCACAGAAGAAGAAACAACUGAAGAAAUUAGAACAGCUGAUGAUGCAACAAAAGCACGAUUAGAAAAUCAAGCAACAACAACAGAACGAACACAAAAAGAUGGGACAAUGACUAUACCAUCAAAUAUAGAAGAAACAACAACAGAAGAAUUAAUAACAGAAGCAGAAAUAGCAAUCCCAUCAGACAUAAAAGAAGAAACAACGGAAGAAAUGAAAAGAGUUGAUGAUACAAAAACACAAAUAAAAAAUCAAGAAAUAACAACACAACAAACAAACACAGUUGGAACAACGCUUUUUCCAUCAGAAAUAGAAGAACAAACAACCGAAGAAAUAAAAACAGAAAUUCCCGAAAAUGAUGAUUUCAGUUAUCAAGGAAACGAUGAAAUUUCCAAGCAAACAAGACAAGAAAAAGAAAAUUUGAAACCAACUCUGGACCUAGAAAAUAAUUCUAAAGAUUUGGAACACAUUCUUUCCAAAUUUCCAAACGUUCGCUCGAUUUCUAAAGAAACUGAUCAAGAUCAAAUAAGCCUGGGUCAGAAUUUUGAAAAUGGAUCCAAUGAAAGUGCAGAAAAUCCAAAAGACGUACCGAUUCGAAUAAUCCUGCGAGCCCCUCAUUUGGAUAUUUAUGAAAAUUCGUUGAUUAAACACGAUUAUUUAAUUUUGAAGACUGGCGAUCCUGAUCUUCACGAUCAUAUUGAUCGGGGAAUAAAAAUUGAAUCCUUGGAUAAAAAUUUAGACUUUGAGGAAAGCAGUGCUGAUUUUGAAAACAGUGAUAUUUGGAAAAUAGAAAAUCGUGAUUUUCUUAAUCAAAAGGAGGUUGAUGUGAAAAUCAAAAAUGAAAAUAAAUUUAAAAAUGGAUGGUAUGGAUUUCAUGUUGAAACGGAUAAUUAUAAUGAUAAUAAUAAUGACAAUAAGAAUUCGAGAAAAAUUAAAAAGAGGAUUUUUGGAAAAGAUGAGAGUCCUGGAUUGUAUGGAGAAGUUGCGGAUUACUGGAGGAAUGAUGGGAUUGAAAUUUUUUAUGAUGAGGCGUUUGAUAAUGAAGAAGACGAUAAGUUUUACGGCAUGGAAAAAGACCAAAAUGAUGAUGCAGAAAUUUCUGAUAUUUUUAAAUCAGAAAAUUCUUUUAAUGGCACAGAAGAACAAAAUGUGUCUGAUGAUCAAAAGGAAAAAAAUGUUGCAAAUUCAAUUAAUAAUGUAUUAGAAGAAGAGGCGAGAAGUAAAUUGAUUGCACACUAUAGUAAACUAUUGCCUUGGAUUUACUAUGUACUCAAUUAGAUGAUAUUAUUUUUUUAUGUAAAAAGUAUCAAUAAAUUUUCUAUAUGAUCUUA